AUGCUCGCGGACAAGCCGCGGAUGGAUUUCUACAGGCGCAUUCUCAGCAACCCCGACGUGGUUCGAGGGAAGGUGGUCGUGGAUGUGGGGUCGGGGACCGGGGUGUUGGGGGUCUGGGCCGCCCUGGCGGGCGCCGCCCACGUCAUUUCCCUCGAGGCCUCCGCGAUGGCGCAGGCGCAGGCGUUGGUCUUCGAGGAAAACGGCGUGGCCGACCGCGUACACGUUCUCGAGACGACGGUCGAGUCGCUUGUGGGGGGCGGGGUCGACGAUUUUAUUGCGCGGCACCAUUUCCUACGCCAAGCAGGCGGCAUCGCGCUCCUGGUCUCGGAAUGGAUGGGCUUUUACCUAUUUCACGAAGGGAUGCUGUCGUCCGUCCUGCUUGCGCGCGACUUUUUCAAUGAGGUGAAUGAGACCCUUAACGGUGGCAUCACGCUUAGCAUGGUCCCGUCAUCCGCGGUGAUCAGGGCCGCCCCGGUAUCCUUGCUUCCGUAUUUCCAAGAGGUGGUCCAGCCAUUCUGGGGCUCAGUCGAGGGAGUGCAGAUGCGCUCCGUCGCGCACCUUGCGUUUGAGCAGACGCUCCAAGCGGCUUCGCCGAUGAUUGAGAUGAUUCCGCCAAGCUGCCUCUUGCACGAAGGCGAGGUCGUCUGGUCUAGGGAUCUUUCCACGUUGCCAGCGUCCGAUAUUCAAUGGGUGAACAAAACCGUGCACUUUGAAUUUAUGAAAUCUGCGAUUUUUAAACGCAAACUCGAGGAAACCGGCGUCAACACCGUCGAUGGGUUCGUCUUGUGGUUCGAGGUGGGUUAUGGGUCUAAUUGCCUUUCAACCUCUCCCGUCGACCCCUCUACACACUGGAAGCAGGCGGUGAUGCUCUUGCCGUAUGCCUAUCGACACGAGAAGGUCGUUUCUUUUCACACGGCAGACGACGUAUUUGAAGUGACCUUCACUUUCCAAGCUCAAGACGAUAACCCGCGUUGCUACGUUUUGUCAUUUGAACUAAAUUAG